UUGAUACAGGAAAGGCCUGAUAUUCACAGUGUAAGAUUCUACCGGCACGGACCUUGUGAGAAAUCAUGGAUUACCGAUUUUUAAUUAUUUUUAUUUUCAUCUCUGCGACAAACGUUAAGUGCCAAAAAUCAAUCUCCAUCGAAGAUACCAAAAUCACCGAUAAUAACAAUACAGCAAAAGAAAUCGAAAAUGUAAAAGUAGAGGAGAAAAUACCUACGAUUAAACUUCCAAAUUUGUGCACCAUAUGCAAAUGUACAGAUGACAUCAUAGAUUGCGAUAAAAGAAAUUUAACGUACCACUUCGAAGAUACUCAAUGGCCAAACAAAACUAUGAAAGUGGUAUCGUUCGAGGAGAAUUUGUUGGUUCACGUGAAACCGUUCCCGGCAUUAGAGAUCAGGAGAUUAAUAUUAAGGAAGAACAAAAUCACGAAGAUCGAUAACAGCGCCUUUAAGAAGAUAAUUAAUCUGACCGAAUUGGAUCUAAGCUAUAAUCAACUCACGACAGAAAAUUUGCAACCUCAAGUAUUUGAGGGUAAAUUUUCACCGGAUAUUUACGAACCGUUGGAGAAACUGGUAAUUUUAAAUUUGGCUUAUAACAUGCUUCAUUCGUUGCAUCACGAUCUCUUCGAGCAUACGACGAACCUAAAGGUAUUGGAUCUUUCUGGAAAUUUAUUCUCAAUUCUCGACAGCCGCUCGAUCAUAGCGAUCAGCUCUCUUCCGAAUUUGGAAGAGUUAAACUUGAGUUAUUGUGGGCUAAAGACAAUUCCGGAAACGUCGUUCUACACAUGCAAGAAUCUUAAGAAGCUGAACUUGAGCGGGAAUCAGCUCACAGCUAUACCGAACGCUCUCAAAGAAGCAACGUCCCUGGAGAUCCUCUACAUGGACGAAAAUCCGAUUCAAAUUAUCGACAAGGGCCACUCGUUCCCAAAUAUGAUUAAAUUGAAAGAGUUAAGCCUCUGCUGCAUGCCACAUUUGACGAUAGUUGGAUCGGGCUCCUUCUCAGGAUUGACAUCGCUCGAGCAUCUUCGAAUACAAAAUUGUCCAAACUUGGAGUCGAUCCACGAAAACGCUCUUGCAUCAUGGGAUAAUAAUUCUACGGAAACUGUGUGGCCGCCACUGAAGAAACUCGAUUUAUCGGAUAACGCCUUGCGAUAUUUGCCUCAGCUAUUGAUAUCAAGGUGGGAUUGGCUGGAAAAAUUGGAUCUGACGAACAACAAAUGGAGCUGCGAUUGCGAUAAUGAAUAUCUGAUCAACGUUUUACUGCCAACGUACGGGAAGAGGUUGAUGGGCGAGGAAAUGAACACCCUUGCGUGCGCGGCACCGCCCGAACACGAGGGUGAAAAUCUGACGUCGUUGUUCAAUCGAAGCCUACGUUGCCUGGAUCUGUAUAACGCAAGACCGGAAAAAGACGCGAUGAUCCUCGUAGGAAUAUUGAUCGGUAUAUUGUUCGCAAUUCCAGUCUGCCUGACCACCUUCAUCUUCUGGCGCCGUGGUUUCUUCUUCUGCGGCAGUUCGGGCCCGGCCAGUUUCUCGCGAGCAUUUUACAAAAGGACCAUGAACGACGACGAAUUUUGAAGUUUUUUUUUCUCUCUCUCUAUUUUUUUUCGUUUCCACGAAUUUCGAUCCGAUCGAUGACGGAGGAGACCGACUCGUACGAACGACGUGUACGAUCGUAGAGGUUGGAGGAGUACUUUCGAAGUAAUUGAGGUAAUUGAAAAGAAAGAGUAACGUAGAGUGAAUAAGAUUUCGUCAUCGUUCAGAUGAAAGAAAUUGAUAUAUCAAAUCUGCUGGAUCGAAGGUCAAGUCCCUAGAAGGGAAUUUUAUGUUUUGUACGUUUUGUGGAUUUUAAUUUAUAUUAAUCGUGAGUUAUGAAAUAAGUUAACGUAAUCUUGUCGAGUUAAGUGAAUUUAAUUAUAUAAUAUUUUUAUAACAAUAUCAAUAAAUUAGAUCUAGAAAUUUA